CGUCUGUCCCUGUCCCCGGUCUGUCCCUGUCCCCGGUCUGUCCCUGCUCACACGUCCCUCUGCCAAGGAGGGUGUUUGUUGUUAACCAACCCGGCGACAGUGACUUCGGGUCGCUUCAUUCCGUUACCCGCCCUAACCUGCGCACGCCGGCUGGUCCCUCUCCUCCGGGAGGGCAGUGACCUGUCGUGCCACUACGUCCCGCACCUGGCAGAGUUGCUUUCCUGGCGGCAGCGGUGGGGACAGCUUGUGCGGUAGACUGGUUAGUAGUGAAGGGGUGAGGGAGGGGGCGGGGAGAGGACACUGGAGGGACGAAAAUGGCAAGGUGGGACACUGACACCUGGCUUUGUCACUGUGGACCUUGGGCAGGUUCCCCUGCUGGAUUCUGUGUCCUUGUCCUUCUCUUGGGGUCGCUGAGGGACCUGGUGGGAGAAGUCAGCACUGUGCACGGGGCGGGAAGAGGGGGUGCAGGGCGGCCUGGGGAGCCACCUCUGGUGCCAGUCGCCAGCUCUCCUGACCCUGCCCUUUGGUGUGUGGUUUUGUCUCAAAGCCCAGUUAACCGACUCCUCCUCCCCCGCAAACCCGAGCACUGCAGGCAGGUGUGAAGGGGGUGGUGGUCUCUGGUGGCCGUGGCCACCUGUGCCCUGCAGUGCUGGGUGACCCCGUAAGCGAAGUGCCACCCCGUAAGCGCAGCGCCUGUGGCCCGGUCGUCUCCACGACACCCAACAGCCUGCUGCAGACGCACCAGGCAGUCGCCACACCUUUUUCGUUUUAAAUGAUUUGACUUCAGACUUCAAGAACCGCGAGCAUCAGGUUUCCUGAGUGAAUUUCGUCCACAGCUAACCUAAGUCUGCGCAGGUUUCACUGUUUUCACUCAAACUCGUCAGGGCCCGCGAUGCUGCGCAGGCUGGCCCGGCUGCUCCCGUGCAGCCUGGCGCUGCUGCUGCUCAGCGGCCUGCUCUUCCUGCGCAAGGAGGCAAAGCCGGCAGGGGACCCCUCGGCCCCCCAGCCCUUCUGGGCUCCCCCAGGGCCCCGCCGCAGCCAGUGUCCGCCCAACCGCACAGGGGCUAAUGCCUCCCUGUCCCUGCCUAGCCGUCACCGUCUCUUCUUGACCUAUCGCCACUGCCGAAACUUCUCCAUCUUGUUGGAGCCUUCUGGCUGCUCCAAGGACACCUUCCUGCUCCUGGCCAUCAAGUCACAGCCUGGUCACGUGGAGCGGCGUGCGGCCAUCCGCAGCACAUGGGGCCGGGCCAGGGGCUGGGCCAGGGGCCGGGUGCUGAAGCUGGUGUUCCUCCUGGGGGUGGCAGCACCCCCGCCCCCCGCCCAGCUGCUGGCCUACGAGAGUGGGGAGUUCGAUGACAUCCUGCAGUGGGACUUUGCAGAGGACUUCUUCAACCUGACGCUCAAGGAGCUGCACCUGCAGCGCUGGGUGGCAGCUGCCUGCCCCCAGGCCCACUUCAUGCUAAAGGGGGAUGAUGAUGUCUUUGUCCACGUCCCCAAUGUGUUAGAGUUCCUGGACAGCUGGGACCCAGCCCAGGACCUCUUGGUUGGAGAUGUCAUCCGCCAGGCCCUGCCCAACAGGAACACCAAGGUCAAAUACUUCAUCCCGCCCUCCAUGUACAGAGCCCGCCACUACCCACCCUACGCUGGGGGUGGAGGGUAUGUCAUGUCCAGAGCCACCGUGCGACGCCUCCAAGCAGCCGUGGAAGAGGCGGAGCUCUUCCCCAUCGAUGACGUCUUUGUGGGCAUGUGCCUGAGGAAGCUGGGCGUGAGCCCCACGCACCACGCCGGCUUCAAGACGUUCGGGAUACGACAGCCUCUGGACCCCUGCCUGUACAGAGGGCUCCUGCUGGUGCACCGCCUCAGCCCCCUGGAGCUGUGGACCAUGUGGGCACUGGUGACAGAUGAGGGGCUCAAGUGUGCAGCUGUCCACAGACCCCCGCUCUGAGGGGGGUGGGGUGAGCAACAGCCCAAGACUGAACUCAUGUUGAUUUUCUAUCUGCCUCCCGCUGGUCCGCAGGAAAUGCUGACACUGUUUUUGUAAUCUCCCACCCCCGUUAGCGCUGAUUAAAGACGGUGCCCUGGC